UGAACUUUUUGGCUAGUAGAAAAUGUAACACCCACCCCAGGAGAAAGAAGAACUACUAAAGAGGCUCAAUGACAUCGUCCUACUUUGUCUAGUUCUGUCCCUGCUUUGAGUAAUCCGAGAUUUAAAAUGAAGUUUGAAGAUAUUCUCGUAGGAAUAAAUGGUUUUGGAAAAUUUCAGAUGAUGAUUAUUCUCCUUCAGAGUGUGUCUCGGAUUACUUUGCCGUGUAACUUCCUCCUGAAUAACUUCAUGGCAGCCGUGCCGGAUCACCGCUGCCACAUCCGCGGUCUGGACGACGGGGACGCCUUCGCGAAUCUGACCCUGGAUCAGCGGCUGACCGUCAGCAUUCCAACGCAGGAAGACGGGACUCUGAGCUCCUGUAGGAUGUUCAGAGAGCCUCAGUUCCACCUGCUGCACAACUCUUCCAACGCUACUGAGAUACCUGCAGUCUCAUGUCUGUACGGAUGGGUGUAUGACAACACCACUUUUUCAACAACUUUAGCAACAGAGUGGGACCUGGUGUGUGACAGGAAGGGGAUGAACAAAGCCACGGCCACCAUCUUCUUCAUCGGCGUGAUGAGCGGGGCGGCGGUGUUCGGCACUCUCAGCGACAGGUUUGGCCGGAAGACUAUGCUAUUGGUAGCAUACCUGUCAUCAAUAACCUUUGGACUGGCCAGUGCUGUCUCAACAUCUUAUGUGAUGUUUGUAAUUAUGAGAUUUUUUACUGGAUUUUUGCUGACGGGAAUAAGCAUAAUUUCCUACGUUCUGAGUGUGGAGUGGUUUGACGUCAAGCACAGGACCUUUGGUGGCAUCAUGGUGAGCUUGGAUUGGUCUGUAGGAAACAUGAUGCUCUCCGGAAUCGCGUAUUCUGUGAAUAACUGGAGAUGGCUCGUGGUUGCGACCACUUCACCACUGAUUUUGUCCGUUAUUAUUUGGUGGUGGCUCCCAGAGUCUGCAAGAUGGCUGAUGGCCAACGGGCAGGUUGAGAAAGCUCACAUGUACUUGGAGAAGUGUGCCAAGAUGAAUGACAGGAUGGAGUUCAUGGCAGCACUUAAGCCAGAGAGUCUUUCUAAUGUGGAGAUGCUCGAGAACAGGGGGAAAAACUACACCUACCUUGACCUGGUGAGAACCCCAAACAUGAGGAAAGUGGCUAUAUGCACUGGGAUAGUGUGGUUUGGAGUUGCCUUCACCUAUUAUGGAAUAAGUCUGAACGUCACAGGAUUUGGUCUGAACGUCUACCUGACCCAGUUCCUCUACGCUGCUAUCGAGAUUCCCAGCAAGUUAAUGGUCUACUGCAGCCUGAAUGCGAUCGGCAGGAGGCCGACUCAAUCUGCAACACUGCUGCUGACAGGACUCUGCAUGGCAGUGAACUUAUUUACUCCUGCCUAUUUGUGGAUUUUUCGUACCGUAUUCGCCAUCCUUGGCAAAACCUUUUCAGAGACUUCUUUUACCACCGUCUUCCUGUAUACUACUGAACUCUACCCCACUGUAGUCAGACAAAAUGGCGUGGGCUACACCUCUUUCGUGGCUCGCCUGGGCGUGUCCAUCGCGCCGCUGAUCGCGCUGCUGGACGACGUGUGGCGGCCGCUGCCCGAGGUCAUGUUCUGCGCGGCGGCCGUCUGCUCCGGCCUGGUGGCGUGUCUGCUCCCCGAGACCACCAACGCGCGGCUGCCGGAGACCAUAGAGGACAUCGAGCUGCCGCGGAGCGGCUGUCAGACUAUCAAGCCAGAGAGGAGUGAUGCAACACUGAAGCCUCUGACUGGUGGGGAUGAGAGAGAAUGCUGACAGCGUACCGUGUGCACCUGGUUACCAUGGAGCCCAGCCAUUCGGGGGGGGGGGGGGGGGGGGGGGGGGGGGCGCGUGAACCAUUCAUCUGUGUUUUAAAGACCUCGGUGCUUAUUCCUGGGCAGCCUCGCAGAGGGUUACACCUGUCCCAGCAUGCAGUGGGCAAGAGGCAGGAACCCACCCAAUUCACUGCAGGGCCCACACAACAUUCACUCACACUUAUACCUACAGGCAAUUUUGGCUUUGUUCGAAUCAAGGCACUUGCCUACUAUCGAGUAUAUGCGUAGUAUACAACUCGUACACCACCUGUAUACUCAAUAGUAGGCAAGUGUGCUGACUUGGGCAUGGCCAUAGAGUCUCCACGUAGCCUCCUGCAUGUCUGUGGACUGUGGCAAGAACAUGUAAACUCCACACAGAAAGGCUCUCGGUCAGGCCUCAGGCUCGGGACCUUCUUGUUGUGAGGCGACAGGGCUACUCACUGUACCACCCUGCCGCCCACACGGUCCAUUCUAAACGCAUGGCACACACUCUGAGCUUUGAAUCUCCUGUGUAUGUCCUGCUAUCUGUAUGCUAGUUAGCAUUCAAGGACAGAUUCACCUCAUUUUGCUGAGUGCACACAUUGUUAUUUGUGUUUAUUAAGAUAUAGUAAUAUAUACAGGGAGUUGUUCCUUGCCACUGUUGCCUUAGGCUUGCUCCUGUGGGGGUUUAGGCUAGGGCUGUCUGUAAAGCGUAUUGUGACAACUGUUGUAAAAUACGCUAUAUAAAUAAAAUUUGAUUGAUUUGA